AGGGCGUGGCCAACAGGGAUGUUCGAAGCAGCUCGCUCGUACUCCACUAGAGAGGUGUGAGGGCAUGACGCUAACGCACGAGGAUAAAAGUAAGAUUAGUUUAAGGAUAGGAAUACGAAAACAAUUUAGCUGUUAUAAAACAUCGUGUAUGACAUACAUUUUUUAAAGAUUCGAGUUGUUGGCGUUGAUUUAAUCACAGUUUGCCCGCCGUUGCAUGUCAUUGAAUGUUGGCUAGCUAACGUUAGUCAGUUGAUCUGUUAUCGCAGUUGUUCGCAAAUAAUAUCGAAUCGUUUGUUUAUCUAGUGAAUUGCUAUUAUAGCGUCUCAUAAUAUGAGAUGAAAAUACAUAUUUCUUUUUUACUCAUGCGUUUUAGUUGUCCAUUAAAACCUGUCGUUAAGUAAAUUGCGAGAUAAUCGCUAGUGCAUGUCAACUUGGCAUUGCGUUGCACUUGUCUCAGUCCUCUGAAUACAUGGAAACUAAUCUGUAUAAUAAAUCUUUGUUUUUUAGCUAAAAAGUGCACGUCAAAGUUAAAUAAAAAAAUUUUUUUAUCAUCGAUUCGUAGUUCUAGAAACAAAGAUGUUCCCCUCUGUCCAGCAACGCUAUUUGUGCAAUAUAGGGGCCAGAUCUGUCCGACUGCAGAGCUUCAGCUCUUUUAAACAAAGUGGAGCGAUAAGAAGCACACCGUGGAGUUUGUCGUGUCUGGGUGAGCGCGUGGGCCUGCUGCUGUCAUGGCUCCAAAAAGCAGGAAGAGGAACGCAUAAGCUGGCCUGCGACGAAAGGAAGAAGGCGAGACUACUGUCUAUAUUCGCCAACCAUUGUAGUUUUGUGACGGGCCAGAGGCUGAGAAGGGCCUUUCAGAUCGGAGAGCUGUACUCAAACCUGUACUCUGAGAGGAGCAGGUGGACGCUCGUGGGACACAUAUGGAGGCGCCUGCAGAGCAAACACGCCCCCACCGGAAAACUGAUAGCAGCACUGGCUGGGGUCUUCAUGUGGGAAGACCAGAGGAUUGGAGAUGACGAGCUGAGAAGGUGUGCGUGGGAGCUGCAAGCACUGGAAUCGGUGAGAAGCCAGAAUGUGAACCCAAAGACAGCCGUGCAUGUGGAUCCAGGCUGGGAGGUGGUGGUGGAGAAGAAGAACUUAAGGGUGUGGAGGAGACCCAUCCAGGGGAGCCAUCUUUUUGAAUACAGAGUGUUUGGUUCAUAUACAGAUGUCACUCCCCGGCAAUUCUUCAAUGUUCAGUUGGACACCGAGUACAGAAAGAAGUGGGACGCGCUGGUCAUCAAACUGGAAGUGUUGGACAGGGACGUCAACACUGGCACCGAGGUCAUUCAUUGGGCCACGCAUUUUCCAUAUCCCAUGUACUCCAGAGACUAUGUCUAUGUGCGCCGAUAUCACGUUGACCUGGAGAACAACUUAAUGAUCUUAGUCUCCAGAGCCAUCAAACACCCCAGUCUCCCAGAGACCCAGGAGUUCGUCCGAGUUCACUCUUACCAAUCCAAGAUGGUCAUCCGCCCACACCGGUCAUUUGACGAGAAUGGCUUUGAUUACCUGCUGACUUACAGCGAUGAUCCCCAGACGGUCUUCCCUCGUUAUUGUGUCAGCUGGAUGGUGUCUAGCGGCAUGCCAGACUUCCUGGAGAAGCUUCACAGCGCUGCUCUCAGAGCUAAAAACAUGGACGUCGGAGUCCAGGACUACGUCAGCAUCAUAAAACCUACCCAACCCACCCAAGAACGACUAGCUGAUAAUGCUCACACUAGUGGCCCGAGUCAGAUCUACGCCUGAGCGACUGGAUACAGCGAUUGAUGUACUGUUGAAAAAUGACCUGGAUCAGAACAUUUUUUUUGCUUAUGGGGUCAUUAUUUGAAACCACAAAGAAAUUCAAACCAUCUAUUCCCAAAAUUCAUCUAUGCCAGUCCUGCACUAACUGUCAUACUGAGCGCUCACAUCCCCCAUUUCAUGUGCUGUUAGUUUGCUUCCUCUUUCUGUAGGGUGCAUCUAAACCAAACUGCUGAGAUGAGCCAAAAUAAUGGCAUUUAUUAAUUGUAGAUUCUCCUGCCAAAGCAGCAUUUCACUCCGCAUUUAAAUCAUCAGAAUCAAUCAUGCUGUUGAGAUGCUGAUAAACAACAGAAGCAUGCACACACCCUACUAGCUUCAACUUCAGGAAGCCAUUUUUUUCUUCUCCAGUUUAUACUGUGGUGAGCUGCUCUCAGCUGAACCAGAUCGAGUCCCCAUCGUCCUCAUUUACCGUGUGAAUGUUCACUGCCAGUAAAACCCAAACAGCCUUCGCAGGAUCGCCAAAACCUCUGGAAACACCAGAGAGGUGUGUCUUCUGCCAACCGCAACAUCCUCAUGAUCAGGCUCCGAUUCCUCCUGCGCUCUAGAGGGCUGUUUGAAGUAUAAUGCAUCUUUUCUACUCUGAACUCUUGAACAGCAAAUGAGGACACUGUGACUUGAUGUAUUUUGUGCAAGUGCAAAGAAUUAGUAGUUUUUUUUUGUUAUUGGGCAUCUACUCUAAUGGGAUUGUCUGUGUUACACAUGUUUACUUGAGAGAUAAAAAAUAAUAAUUGGUACAGUCUAACUUGUUGAUCGAAAUUACACUGAUCUUGAUCGACCUCUAGACCUAAAUCUAGAUUGUUGUCCUGUUUUGGUCUCCGUCCCAUGGUUUGACCUUUAUUUCAUACUGAUGUAUGUAGUGACACCAGUGAAGUUAUUCAUACAGUAGCACUACAGUCUGCUGUGUGGAGAAGACAUAUGUAAAUGAUCUGAGGAAAGGUACAUGCAUCUUGUUGUGUCAGUUUUAUCUUUAUGGCCUUUCCAGAGGAACAUUUAAAAUGAAAGCAGAUCUUUCGAAUCCUAAGGUCAGAUUUUUUUUUUGGUGGAUGUGCAAAUAUAUACUCUUGUAUGACAUCCAGAUGUCCUCCGUUUGAAUGAGGUUAGCACUUGAUAAUGGCAUGGCGUUUUUUGUUACACGAGUGGUAACUAAAUAUCAUAAUUUCAAAAGGAAUUAUGUUGCACUUGAAAUGUGAACGGUCCCAAAGACGCAGUGUUGAGUUAGUUGAUUAUGACAUCCAUAUAAUCAAGCAUGCAAAUUUUCAGUUUUGAAUAUCUGCUCUUUACUGAAGGUGCAAGUAAACCUCAGCAUCUUGUUCACUAUUGUUCCAUAUGAAAUUAAUUCCCUCUU